GCACAACAUAUUGGCUGAUAUCUUAGCGUGCUGUUGUUCGCUUAUUUAUAUUUUUGUGGGAAGCUGGUGUUAUUGGCUUAGAAGUGGCAAGUACAAAUUACUGUCAAAAGAAUUUGUUGUUUUAUUGCAGUCUGGUAUAUCUUUUAAAAUCUCGUGGUUUGUAAACACACCGUUCAGAAUAUUUGGCAUUAGGUGCUUAAGAGAUUGGGUGUAUAUAGAAAAUAUGUCGUUUAAUCGUGGUGGCAGACGUGAAGGAGGCUUUCGCGGUGGCCGUGGGGGUAGCGGAAAUCGUUUUGGCGGGCGAACAUUUGCACAAGGCCCUCCUGAUCAUGUCACUUUAUUGGGCCACUAUAGUUAUUCUUGUGAAGGCGAUCUUGUUUGCAAAGUGGAAAUUGAAAACGUCCCAUAUUUUAAUUCGCCGAUCUUUCUAGAAAACAAGGAGCAAAUUGGCAAAAUUGACGAAAUAUUCGGCACAAUACGAGACUAUUCUGUCACAGUAAAAUUGUCGGAAAAUAUAAAUCCGAAAGGUUUUAAGCUACAACAAAAACUUUUCAUAGACCCAGGAAAGUUGCUGCCAUUGACGAGGUUUUUGCCUAAACCGCCUCAACAGAAAGGUGGUAAGAAGAAGAGCCAAGAUAUAGGUGUUGGUUCAUUUAGAGGUGGUAGAGGAGGAAACAGUCACAGUCGUGGUGGCGGAGGUUUUAACAAAGGAGGUGUCGGUAAAGGUUUCAUUAGAAGAGGGGCUUUUAACAGAGUCGGUGGCAAAGGUAGCGGCUUUAAACGUGACGGAGGUGGUCGAGGGAACACUAGGCAAGGAGGUCGCUGGUAAUAUGAGAAAAGAGCAUGGAAAAUUUUUUAUUUCCAAAAAUUUUUAGAUCCAAAAAUUUAGAUACUGAAAAAGUUUAUAUAAAUUUAUAUAUUUGACUCGAUGAUUAACAACCGAAAUAUGUUAUAAUUUCCAUUAGAUUGCUUUGGUAAAUAAAAUUCUAAUUCAAAUGCUUUAAUUAA